AUGGCACUGGAGGCAUCGGAACUCAUGGGGAAUACCGUUGCAGAAAAGAGACGUGAGAGAAACGACCAGAAAGGGAGAGAGGCUAAAUGGAGGGGUACGAUUCCCGGAUCUAAUGCAGCUGUGGCAAAUCCUUCAACCAAAAAGAGUACCAAAAGGUGUAAAAGUAAAAAGGCAACUCUCCCAAAAUCAACUUCCAAGAAAGACAAAAAGGAAGCCGCGAAAAAGGCUAAAAAGGUUGUUUACCCAGACCUUGAAUCAAUUCGAUUUACUAGAACAUCGUUUGACCAGACUCCGAAGCAAACCCCCAAGAAGAAUGUUACUUGGGACGUCGGCGACCCGGAACAAGCAGCAGAAGAAGAAGAUUCUACAAGAGUUAUUACUAAAAUUUCACAUAUGGCAAAAGCAAAGAAGGAUAUUCGUCCUGCAAAAAACACCAUGGAAUUGUCUGACAGUGAACUUUCAGACCCUGUGCCUGAAGCAAAUGUCUCCAAAAGGUUUCCAACCCUCGCACCAGGCGAGGUGAAUGCGACGAUUGACGACAAUUCGGAUUUCAUACAGAAUUUUGAAGAGGCCUGUAAAAGCUCGCAAGAUCGAAAAGAAAUACUUUCCUCUUCCCAAGGCUGUUCGUCGUAUUAA